UUAGCGUACAAUAAUCUGCUUGCUUCUCGUCGUCAUUCGUCACAAAAGCCUAUAUUGGAUACUAAGACUUUUUUUUUGGAUAGGGUUAGAAAGAGAUGUUGCCCAGUAUUGCUGUGUCUGUCAUGUCUGCCAGGUCGUCGGAAAGCCAAAUCAUAUGAUUCCACCUGCGGCACUCGUUCCUGUUCCAAUGAUUAGAGAGCUGUUCCAACAGCGAAUAAAACCAAAUCAGGUUCCUCUUAUUGAGUUUUGCUGAUGGCUAACUGGUGCUGUUUCCUGUAAUGAUGAGAAUGGUAUCCAGCCAUGGAGAGACAAAUGCCCAGAUUUGUGACUGUAUUUUUUCUCUUGGCACUAUCAGGGUUUAUAAUACUUGUCUGCAACAUCACAUCUCUGGAGAAGUUGAGUGGACAGGUUAUAUCUACAUUCUACCAAAUCCAGAAUAGCAUCCACUCAGCCUUUAAGUCCCCUGGAAACGUGUGGCCACUAGAGUUAAACCACACAUACUGUGCACACUUUGGCCAGGAGCCCACAGCGGAAGAGGCAAAUGAAGAGAGAUAUCUGCUUAAUUCCAUUGCCUGGCCAGGCCCGUUGGUGCAAGGCUUGCCUGUGGAGCUUAGCAGUGACCCUUCAAAGAGCUACUUUGUGAUUCAGGGCCCAGCGGAGCAACGUAUAGGUGAUCAGCUUGAGGUUAAUGUACAUGUGCAGAACUUCCUGGGCCUGCCUAAGAAGCAUGGUGGAGAUUUCCUUAUAGCUCGGCUACAUUCACCUGAACUCGGUGCUGGCGUUGCGGGGCAGGUGCAAGACCAUCACAAUGGCAACUACACAGUGCUGUUCCCACUGCUGUGGGCUGGUGUAGUGUGGGUAGAAAUAACCAUGGUGCAUCCGAGUGAGGCAGUGAUGGUGCUCAAGAGGCUGCAAGAAGAGCAACCCAACCGGGUGUUUUUUAAAAGCCUGUUCCGCUCUGGCUUUGUAUCAGAGACCACCGUGUGCAACCUUUGCCUGCCACUCAACCAUCAACCGCUCUGCAACUACACUGACCCUGAAACUGGAGAGCCCUGGUACUGCUACAAACCAAAAAUGCUAGGCUGUGAUACACGAAUAAAUCAUUAUAAAGGGGGCUACAAAAAGAACCUCAUUACUGGAUAUGAAGCAAAGUUCUUCAAGAGUAAUGUAAAUAUCAAAGUUCCUAUACGUGCAUCUGGAAUGGGCAAUGUGACUGUAUUACCUGCAGAAAAAGGUCUUGCCAAUUUAAAAAAAUAUGAAAAAACCUCUGGCUUCUACUUUCACAAUGUUUGGAGGCCUUUGCGUGGUGCAGCCCUCCAGCAGUUCAAUGAUUCAUCAGCUAUAACACACUGUCUUAGAGGGAAGAUCAUAUACAUGCUCGGAGAUUCCACUGUGCGACAGUGGUUUGAAUACCUCACCGCUUCUGUUCCUACACUAAAGGAGUUCAACCUUCACAGCCUUAAGAAAGUGGGGCCAUUCAUGGCUGUGGACAGCAAAAACAACAUCCUGCUGAGCUUCCGCUGCCAUGGACCACCCAUCCGCUUCACUUCUGUGCUUUCCCCUGAGCUGCACUACAUAGCAAAUGAGAUAGACAGGAUCAAAGGUGGGCCAGGCACAGUGAUACUCGUGAGUGUGUGGUCUCACUUCAGCACUUUCCCUAUUGAGGUAUAUAUACGGCGCCUACGGCACAUCCGCAGGGCUGUGGUACGGCUGCUGAACCGUGAGCCAGCAACCUUGGUGGUGAUCCGCUCUGCCAACCUCCAGAAGCUUGACCCAGGGAACAGCCUGGUCAACAGUGACUGGUUCUCUCUGCAGAUCAAUUCUGUUCUCUGUGCCAUGUUCAAAGGACUCAAUGUGCAGCUGCUGGAUGCCUGGGAAAUGACUCUUGCCCACCACUUACCCCAUCUUCUACAUCCAUCUCCCCCUAUUAUCAAAAAUAUGAUAGACUUGAUCCUGUCCAACAUCUGUCCUGUUGGAAAAAAGAGGAGUUAACAAAGGACUAAAAUAUAUAAGUGGCAAAGAUGGAGAAGAAGUGGAUUUAAGGUCUAGAAAUCGAUUGCGGAGGAGAGCUUUUCAUAGCCACAGAACCAGAGGUGGACAGUAAAGAAGUACAUUUACUUGAGUACUGUACUUAAGUACACUUUUUGAGUAUCUGUACUUUACUUGAGUAUUAUUUUUUCUGGAUACUUUUUACUUUAACUUCACUACAUUUGAAAGACAAAUACUCUACUUUUUACUCCAUUACAUUUCUAUCAAGGUCAUUGAGUAGAAAGUAGUUACAUUAACCAUAGGAUGAUUUUUUUCACUCUUGUAGCAUCACAUGUUGUAAAGUUCAGUGGAAAUGGACGAAUAUAUGCUUUGUAUAUUAUACACCAUGCAUUGGUAAUGAUGUUAGUUAACACACAAAAACGUAUGCUGUGUCCAAAUUCUCAUACUAUGUGUCCUAAAUGGUAUUCAAAAAUAGAAUUAGUAUGCCCCAAAUCGUAGUAUACUGAAAAGAGUAUUCCAAAAAUUCCUGGAUUGUCUACUACUUCCGGUAGAAAUUCAAAGUGCAGAACAAUGCACACUCUAAUGGGUAAUAUUGCCCACAAUGCAUUGCACACAGGAGGGAGGAGCCUGAACAAUGGUGUAAAUGCAUAUUAAAACGGUGUAAAUGAACUGUGGAAAUAUAUAUAACUCUUUGUUAAAGCAGUGUUGCUGUUGGGUGGUUGUACAGCUACAGUUGUGUAGCUGGGUUUUAAAGCAGGUUAGAUUUUUUUUUCUGACCAGUCUUCAUUUACAGACCAUUUGAUUAAAAUGUGCAUGAGUGGAUACACAGAUGUGUACAGGUACAUCUCAAAAUUUAGAAUAUA